AAUGUGACUUUCCCCAAGUCAGCCCGCAUCGCCCCUGGCCGAGCCCCUGCCCUUGCUCCGGAUGCUUCGCGGCAGCGGCGGCUGGAAGAGCCUCCCAUGACAUGUCUCCGCCGGGCAGUGGCACUGGGUGGCUUGUGGUGACCCCUGAGGCUGGGAGAGCACCGCCCGGGAGCUCCUCUGCCGGGGGCGACGCAUCCUCCUCCUAGACGGGAACCCUGUGUUGUGUAAACGAGCUGAUGGAUGAAGAUGAGAAGGACAGGGCAAAGAGGGCAUCACGCAACAAAUCUGAAAAGAAAAGGCGAGACCAGUUCAAUGUCCUCAUCAAAGAGCUCUGCACCAUGCUGCAGGGUCAUGGCCACCCUCUCAAGAUGGACAAGUCCACGAUAUUGCAGAGGACCAUUGACUUCUUACAGAAACAGAAAGAAAUCACAGCGCAGACCGAGGCCUGUGAGAUUAGACAAGACUGGAAGCCUUCGUUUCUUAGCAAUGAGGAGUUCACCCAGUUGAUGUUAGAGGCAUUAGAUGGAUUCCUCAUUGCACUUACCACUGACGGGAUUAUUAUUUAUGUAUCUGAUAGUGUCUCCUCUCUUCUUGGACAUUUACCGUCAGAUUUAGUGGACCAAAAUAUAUUAAACUUUCUGCCUGAGCGGGAACAGAGUGAAGUGUACAAGCUCCUUUCUCCACAUGUGCUCAUGACAGAUCCUGUUGCAGCUGAUUUUCUAAACACUGAAAAGCAAAUAGAGUUUUGCUGCCAUUUAGCAAGAGGAAGCUUAGAUCCAAAUGAGCCCCUAACAUAUGAAUAUGUGAAAUUUGUAGUGGAUUUUAAAUAUUUUACUCAUGUGCCUACACCCUCCUGCAAUGGCUUUGAAUCAGCUAUUGCAAGAGCAUUCAGGUCAGCCACAGAAGAACAGAUUUGCCUCGUAGCAACUGUUCGUCUUGUUACGCCGCAGUUUUUAAAGGAGCUGUGCAACAUUGAAGAGCCAUGUGAAGAAUUCACAUCGAGACACAGUUUGGAGUGGAAGUUUUUAUUCUUGGACCACAGGGCCCCACCUAUUAUAGGUUAUUUACCCUUUGAGGUUCUGGGAACGUCAGGUUAUGAUUAUUACCACGCUGAUGACCUGGAGCUUCUCGCUAGGUGCCAUGAACACUUGAUGCAAUUUGGAAAAGGAAAGUCCUGUUACUACAGAUUCUUGACCAAAGGCCAGCAAUGGAUAUGGUUGCAAACGCACUAUUACAUCACGUACCACCAGUGGAACUCCAAACCUGAGUUCAUUGUUUGUACACACCUUGUAGUUAGUUAUGCAGAGGUUCGAGCUGAAAGAAGGAGAGAUCUUGGCCUUGAGGAGUCAUCAAUUGAACUGGCAUCUUCUUCUUUGAAGAGUCACAAUAGUUACCUAGACAUCAGGCAAUGUGGAAACAACCAAGAAACCAGCAGGGAAAGACUGUCUGUAUCCUCGCCUAGCUCCCGGCGAUCUUCACACACCGCACUCUCUGACUCAGCAUCCACAUCAUCCAUGCGGCACACGGAGGCCAGCACUCCCACCAGGCAAUCAGUGCCAAUGGGUCAGCAGGAGAAGGCGUCUCUGAGGCUGGCCUCGAGCGGGAGCGCACAGGCAAUAGUAACUCCUCAGGCAUCCGCUGAACAUCUCACUCAGCACCAUGUGGCCCAGCCAACAAUUCCCUCGCAGCAAGCUGUGAUGCCAGUGUACCACUUCCCAGCCCAGUUAGGGAUGAUGCAUCAACUGAAAGAACAGCUGGAGGAGAGGACUCGCAUACUGCAAGCUGACAUCAAGACACAGCAAGAAGAGCUCCAUGUUAUCAAAGAGCAGCUCCAACUAGUGCAAGAUUCCAAUCUGCAGAUGCUGAUGCAACAACCUAUGCCCUUAGUCUUUAACAACGUACAACAACAGAGCCCAAGAAGGCCAUCCCAACCACAGCAGCCUGGGGCAACCGGGCAGGCCACAGCCAAGAAGCCUCAGCAGCAAGGCCUUAUGGGAUCCAAACACUACAGUACCCCACACUUACCGUCACCACAUCAAUUCCUCAGGGAACCUUGUGUCACGUCCUCACAGGUACAGCAGCAGCAGCACUUAAUGAGAGGCAGCCAGGCACAGCAAACAUGUCUGCCAGCGCAGACAAGCAUUUCGAUGCCCCUCUACAACAACUCCAUGAUGUUUUCCCAAACUCAUCCCAUCACUGUCUCUGCUCAGAUGCCGACGGAAAUGAGCGAAAGGCAACAACCGUCUGACUACAGCCAAGAUAGGAGUCUAAGGAUGUUGUUAGAUCAGCCAGUCCAAGCCUUGAUGCCAAGUGCUAAUGGUAGUAAUCAGUCAUCACAAAACAGUGCUGGCAGACAGCAAGCAAAAUUUGUUCCAGAACAGCAGCUGCUGCCUCCCCCAUUACAGAUGCAGCCAAUUACAUGUAGCACAGUCAGGGCUCCUGCCCCUUCUCCUGUAUUUACCCCUUCGGUCAUGAUUCCCCAGGCCAACUUCACUUCCCACCAGACGCAGCCUCCAGUUCAUCUCCACCAAUGGCCACCCCAACAGCAGGUUCAGCAGCAGCAUCUCUACCUGCAGAUGCAAGCCCCCGAGUCGGUCCAGGGGAGUCAAAAUCAGCGUAUUUUCCAGCCAUCUCAUAUACCGCAGCAGAAUACCAUGGGCUACUUCCUCCAUCCACAGCAACAAAGCCACCAUCCACAGGGUCAGUCCUGCAACUUACAGGACCUGUCUGAAAUGCAGCUGCCCUGAAAGCCAGGGCAUGAGGAGAAGGUGACGAGUCGCAGCUGCUGUGCUGAGCAGGAGUCGGGGAAAGGACGGCGAAAUUCGAGGAGAGCCGGCCCUCCUCAUGUGCCAGAGGGGUGAGGGUUAGCCCAGAGGGAAACAUGGCAGCAUGGAGGAAGGUCCACGCAGGAGAGCAGGAUCGCCAUAUGGUACCUUGUUGAUUACCAUUUUUAUGUAUUCAGUCCUUGAUGCUGCACAGCGACAGUAUCAAAGCAAAGUCUGGAUUCAUGAAGCCCCAGAACCGUUCGACUAAACACAGUUUAACUGUGAACAGCUAGAACUCCCGUUCACGUACAUCCUGUCAAGAGGGGCUACAAAGUGCUAAAAGUAUUUGGAGGCUAAAAUCAGGAUAGUAGGAACUGGUUGUGGUGCUCUUGCCUGCCAAAGCUAAUCUGCAAAGGCGGUUAGAGACUUGUUGAUCAAAAAUGGUUGACUUAGAUAGGAAAAUGAUCUCUGAAGUCAUAUGUGGCCGGUAUUGGUCACUAAGCCAUAUGUCCUUACACAGCUCAGCAGGACAAUUCCUUUGGACUGCAAUAUGGAUUUCUAGCUGCAGGCAUGUUAUUAAUCAGGUCAGUGCAAAGAUCACUUUGCAACUGAGAAAAUAUUUUCAAUGCAGGACAUGGAUGCUCCUUUUAAAUGUUGCUGAAAUUCACUGUGAAUUUAAGACCAGUGUUUGGAACACGGAAAACUGUCAGAAUCAGCAGGAUCCCAUUUAAUUAUCGUGUACAUAAUUCACUAUGUUGUAGUAAGUUCAUUGUGGAUUUUGUUUUCCUUUUUUCCUAUACCUCAAUCCCAGAAUUUUUUUUUUUUUCAGAUGAUUGGAUAAUGCUGCUAAUUUCUGUAACACCACUCUUGCCUAAAUUUCGUACUGUUGUUAUACCAACUCACAGCACCAUUAAUAAGAGAUGUGUGCAGAUAAAUUUAUAUGUUUUUAUUCCCUGUAGCCAAGUAUUUUUCAGGGUGUACUGGCAAGGAGUCCUUACGUUUUCCACUGGACCGUGCAGUGCAUGUUUCUUUAGACCUGAAAAUCAGAUGAAGGCAAACUUUGUGGUUUUGCUAGUUCAUGUUUCAAUUUGGCAAAGCUGAAAUUUAUACUAACAAUGACCCAAGUGAUAUUCCAAGCCUAUAGAGUUAGCAAUAAAUUGUAUUUUUGUAAAUUGUCACUUUUUAACUAUAUGUUUAUAUUUAUGAACUGACAAAAUGUCUAUUCCUCAGUGGGUGUAUAGUAAAGUGGCCCUACUGUUUGUGUCUUUCCAAAGGAAAAUGAAUAUUUAAUUUUUAGAUUUUUUUUUUUUUUAGUAACUGAGUGUUAGACUUGGGUCAUGCUCGAUCCCAAACGCUGAAGACAAUUUAUGCCAAUAAGAGCGGCUUUCUGAGACAAUGCUUGGAUACUUCCUUAAAGCAAAAAUAAAAAAGCAAUGGCAAAGUCCUAAUAUUGUGGCUGGCACUCGGAAUAGAGUUUAGGUUAUUGUCUAACCUCGAGCUAACCUCAUCAAUCUGCUCUUUCUAGGCCCUUUUGGGAUCCCUCCAUCACCAUGAGCUCGGGUGCCAGCCUCUAGUCGUUGAGCAGAAACAGAUGAGGCUGAAAGCAUGGUGAGGUCCAGCUGGAUCAUAGUGAGCAGUGGAGCUGUGCUCAGCACUGCUUGGAAAAGGUGACUGUAGGUCACCAUUGGGCUGCCAAAGCUGGGCUCAUGCGGGAAUGCUUUAUUUUAAGCCAGCUCCCACAGGCUGUUCAGGCACCAUGGGCUCACCGGGCAUAGGGCCCCCACACUUCCCCCCACUCCCACACACCCCCUAGGUCAUAUAGCAGCCCCGUGCCCCAGCAGGCUUUCCUGAGGCAGCCUCAGUGAGGCAGCUCUGCUGUUUUUCAGCCACUUGGCCCUGGUGGCAGCUGCGGUCCAGCCAAGAUUCUGGGUUAUGAUGUUUCUUUGGCCACGUUAAAAACCAUUUCCAAAUAAUGUAAAGGGGCAUGUUUGUUUCCAGUCCUGCCUAGGCAUGUUUGGGCCCCACCCGCACUCAGCUAGUGGGCGCCUGCUUGCAAAACUGGACUCUGAGCAGAAACGGGGUUGAGCACGUUUGAAGCAGGGUGCCUGGCUUUGCCUAGGAAGGGCGUGGAGCAACUGGCAGGUUCAGGCUCACCCUGGCUGCAGUCUGAGUGCCCUGCUGCUGGAGGCCAGCCUCGUAGUACGGUUAUGGGCACCUUACGUGGAGCAUUGAGAACCAUAUUAAACAUUUUAGCAUUAAAACGCAAGUCACCAUUAGGGUGACUAAGAGGAGAGCAGCACAGACUGUUAGGAGCUAGGGCAGCGCUCCGUUCCAUGAGGCCACACCCCAGCGCUGCACAGCUGGCAUCAGUCACCGGCGCAGAAGAGACGUUAGCUGCUUUCAUAGCCUAGUUGGCGCACCGUGUACAAUACGCUACCAGGG